AUGUUGGCUAUCUAUUCCAUUCUGAAGCCUCCAAAAAGUGGAAAUUGUUCAAUUUUAAAUUCGGAAACUCCCAAAAUUACCAUUACUGAUUUAAAAACAAUGUUUAAUACUAAUAGCAUCACAGAAAAAGAAAAAAAAAUUGAGAACUUGCGCACAACAGAUUUUUGUGAUAGGCCGGAAUCAGUACUGACAAAUUUAAAAUCAAGAGGGGCAUUAACUCACCCAAACAAGAUAUUAUUUUCUUUAAUUACCGAAAAGGAAAAAUCAUUUUCUAAAUUUUGUGACUACAGCGAUGCUUUUAAUUUGACGGUUGAUGAUUUCUUUGCACACACAUUAAAAAUCAUGAAGUGGCCUUGUAGUCAACACAAGUGUGACAUCUUAGCAUCAAUUUUGUCCUACUAUGUUACUAUGCGAAUGCGGCAGUAUACACAAGUAGUUAAUAAAAAUGUUGCAAAAGUGAAUGCUAAUAAGAAGAAAUGCUCUGAACUUACAGUCUCAUAA